AUGGAUCAGUGCGAGAUUUACUCAACUCGAGGUAGCGCCUUGGAAUCAGCAGUCACCUUACCUAGAAGCCAUGGAAAGCUCAAACGGGACCAAGGGGAACUCAUGGAUGAUGCUGUAAAACUUGCUGCUAUUAAAAUUUCACGACAGUCACAACCACCAGAUUCAGAUGGUCUAACUGUAAUAAACACAUCUGAAACAAACGCCAUGAGUGUUUUACCUCGUCUUCUUCGAACUAUGACAAACAGAAAUUCUCAGGCAGCUAACGAUAAUCGAUCUGCCGUUGAAAAUAAUCAAAUCUCAAAUGGUGAAUUAUGCUUUUCAGUGUCUGUCCCUGGACCAACUGUCAAUGAUAGCGAUUCUUCAUCUUCUUCUUCCUCUUUUAUGUCAACUCCAUCUUCCGGUUCAUCAUUGAUUUCAUUUCUUUCUCCUGGACAUUUAGGACCUGUUGCUGCUAUGGCCGCUGUAGCGUUGUCAACUGCUGUAACUACAAUGUCUGUAAAUGAUAUUCAAGAAUCUUCAGGUCUAGUAACUUUAGCAACUGCUAGUAGCCUAAUUGAAAAAGAAUGGCGUGCACGUGCUUCGGUUGUUAAUAGUAAUAAUGAAAGUGUAAGUAAUGCAAAAGAACAUGCUGAAACUACACUUACUGUCCAGCAUCAUACUGAUUUAUUAACAUCUACUAUUCAAGGAAAUAUUGAUAGAAAUCAACAAUUCUCUUUGGAUGGUUCACCACCUUUAGUAAUUGGAGCUUUGAAUACUUCAUCAUCACAGUCCUUAUUAAAUGAAUCGACCCCAGUGACUAGAGCUGUAUUGAACGUUCAAAGUUUAGCAGCUUUUAUUCGUGAAACUCAGAAACAAUGCUCCAUAUCCAGUCCAACCACAUCUAUUGAACUGCCUCUAACGUCAGUUUUCCCUCUUCAAACUGAAACAAAAUUAACUUCUUCGUGUACUGUCAGGCAAGUUGCUUCACCUUCCUAUCUUUUACCUGCUGCAUCCACUCCAUCUUUUCUACCAAUGACUCCGGUCCCACAAAAUCUUCCAACUGUUUUAGAACAGCCUUUACAACAUUCAGAAUCAGUGGCAGUAAAUCAUAAUACUCAUCCAUCACCACCUAUUCAAUCAACUGCAUUCAUAUCUUUACAACCUGCACCAGGUUCUUUAAUUAGUCCUUCUGAUUUACAACAGCUUGUAGCAAGUGGGGAAUUCAUGUCUUCAGCAGCUCGGCAAACUUUACUUGGUCAGUCUUCUGAUGGAUCUACACGACAACUUUAUUUGCUCGUACCAAGUGACUGUCCUGUAAUUAUGCCAAGAGUUUCAAAUAAUCAACCAACUAUGACUCCUAUUCUACCAUCUACAUCUCCUUUGAUUGAAUCUAUUCCCACAAGUGCCCCAAUAUUGGAAGCUAUAUCUCCAGGUGUAGAACCUGAAGAAAAUUGUGUUCAAAUGCAAUCUGAAUCGUCAACAUGUAACAAUGCACAACAAGUGCUAACUUCUGUUUCACAUUUAGCAACUACAAUGCUUAACCCAAUGAGUUCUGCAUCCACGACAGCAUUAUCUACUUUUUUGGCCGGCUUAGAAGCUCGUAAUCAUCAACCUACACAACAGAUUCAAUUAGGUGGGUUACCUUUAUCUGCCGUAACAUCUUCGCUGUCUUGUUCAUAUUCUGACUCUUCAUCAGCCCACACUGCUAAAGAUUCAUCGGCUCCCAGUUGUCCACAACUUAGAAUUCCACUUCAAGUUUCUGGCCUUCCCAUUUCCGAGAAUGGUUCAUUAUCAGUUGAACAAAAUGUUUACCCUGUUACAAAUAACGCUGCGAACUCUAUAUUAGGUGUUGUGAAAAGCGAUCCUGAUAUGUACACUCCUAAUGGGCAUACUUAUUCAUCUCUAGUAGAUGAAACUAAUCGAUUCCGAUCUUAUCCAACAUAUACUCAACAAUUAUCUCAUCAUUUACCUCAUAGCACAACUGUACGACAGUCUGUUUUAGCUGCCGCUUCUACAACAUCAAAUAAUUCUUUCUUCCAACAAGAAUCUUCAAAUUCUUUAUUACUAAAUCAAACGUGUUCUGUACCAAGUAAUGUCACGUCAAAUAAUACGACUACUGCUACUAUUACUAAUACUACUACUAAUAAUAAUAACAACAAUGGAGAGGAAUCAUUAACAAAUGGACAUUUUCAGUCACCAAUGUCACAUUCAAAUGUUCCAGCAACCAAUACAUUUACUGCUUCAUUAGCACCUAAUUCAGAUAAAACUCCACAGUUGCCAUCAUCUAAAUCUAACACUUCAAUAGAUGAAUGUCGUAGAAAUUCAGUAACAAACACUAUGUUAAAUACAUCCGGCAAUCGGUCAGAACAAGUUAAGGGCUCUACGACCUAUUUGGAACAUUUAAAUCCAGAAUCCAAAGAUAUACGACGUCGUGUCAGCCAUAAUGAAGUUGAACGUCGACGUCGAGACAGAAUUAAUACGUGGAUAAGUGAAUUGUAUAAAUUAUUACCACCGGAUGAGCAAACUAAAUCACAAUAUCAAAGUAAAGGUAUUGUAUUAAAACGUGUUUGUGAAUAUUUUCAAAAUGUGGAUAGUAUGUUGAAAGCAGCUAAUUCAGCAGUUGAACAAAUUCGUGUAGAGAAUAGUAUUCUACGUCAACGAGUUCAUGAAUUACAACAAGAAAAUCAAUUAUUAUCAGCUUCUUUACAAUUAGGCGCUGUAGCUGCUGCUGCUCAUCUUAAAAAUAGACAACCUCGACCUGGUUCAUCAUUAUCAUCGGUCAAUAUGAAUACUACUAAUGAAGGAAACACUAUUACUAAUAAUAAUAAUGGAACAGUAUCAGGAGGUGGUGUCGUAUCAACAUUAGCUAAUAGUGAAAAUUGUACAAUAUUAAAAGAUCCUAUAGAAUUUACAGAUUAUCAAUCUCCACUUACUGUAUUCACAGUAGAUACUCCAAAUAAUAAUAAUCAUAAUAAUAGUAACAAUCAUGGUGUAAAUUUCAAUCAAACUAAUUCUAAUUGUAUAACUCCUACAAGUUCACUUAAUAAUAAUAAUUCAUCAUGUUUUACAACAUCAUUAGCAUCGAUCAAUUCUAUUGGUGGAUUUAAUGUUUCUCAAACAAUAUCACCGACGAAUACAUCGUCAACUUCAGAAAUAAUGAAUCAAGUUUUAUGUCCUUUAACUUUGCCAAGUUUAGACCAUAUAACUAUGCAACAUACAGAUACUACUACCAUUAAUACUGCUACUAAUAAUAAUAAUCGAGUAUCCUGA